AUGGACAAUGCAGACGAAGACGACGACAUCAAGCUGGCGAAGGCCUCCAUAGGCUUGCUGAACAGCCUUGAGCAGGAUAUCCCGAAGCUACUAUACAAGUCUGCACUGACCGGAACACGAAGCAAACGCGUGCACACGAGAGUCAAGAGACGCCAUCUCGACCAUGUCGUCAACCUUAUUGAGCCCUUCCAAGGCGACCCCCAACUGCUCGAUGCGAAGCUGAAGACAAUUCUGCCUCCGAUAGUGGAUGCCUACCUGGAGUACCUGGUCAGUGGCGAACGGAAACCCGUAGACAAGCAUGUCAACCUUCAAUUCGCGGUGUGCAAUCUUCUGUACACCUUAUGUAAGGUCCGCGGCUAUAAGAUCAUUGUCGCCUUCUUGAACAACGAGCCGCGCUUUCUUGAGCAUGUGCUGGAAGCUCUUGAGCAGUAUGACUCCGGCGAAGACACCAGCCUCGCGACAUGGCAAGUACCAUAUGUUCUUUUGCUCUGGCUUGGUCAUCUGCUACUGGCACCAUUCGACCUGAGCUCAAUAUCUGCAAAGUCUCCGCAGUUGCCAGGAUCUGCUCCGGAACAGGACCUUCCUCCACUUGUGCAUCGCCUUCUCCACAUAGGAAGGAAGUAUCUGCACAGCUCUACCAAGGCUCAGGAUGCGGCGUCAGCUAUGCUCGUACGCUUAGCAAUCCGUCCUGAUGUCCUUCCUCUAAGACUGGCCGAUCGAUGGACAGCAGAGCACUUACCAAAGCUCACACAGAGCGCCAGUAACACGCAAAACAUGUACGCCACACUGGGAUCCCUACGUCUCAUGGUCGGUGUGGCCUCAGCAUCUGAGCUGAGUCACCUCGUGCCAGACAUAUAUCGACCGUGCGCAGCGGCAUUCGAUGAACACGACAGCUCUGCUCUUUCCUCCAACGCAGUGGCCAAGAAGCUGAUCGUGAAGAUCUUCCGCAACAUUGCCACCCUGGCUUUGAGGUCAGUCGCCACCUCAGGACCACUACUACAUUUUUUGCAGACCACAGACGUGCUAGAAGACGUCAUCGACUACCUACUGCGCUCCUUGAGCGACAAAGAUACGCCAGUCCGAUUCGCGGCCGCAAAAGCGACCAGUCUGAUCGUGCUGGAGCUUGACCCUGAAAUGGCACAUGACGUGAUCCAGGCUGUCCUGGACUCCUUCAAAGAGGACAUGCCCCGAGAUGACGGCAGUCUUGACUUCUCGACCACAAAUGCGCUGAGGUGGCAUGGUCUAACCCUGACACUCUCGCACAUGCUGUUCAAACGAUCGGCGUCGGUGCAGCAAUUACCUGACAUUCUCAUCGCUUUAAUCGCGGCCCUGCAGUACCAGCAACGCACAGCUACUGGAAGCACUCUGGGCACGAAUGUGCGUGAUGCGGCCAACUUUGGUAUCUGGUCGCUGGCGCGGCGUUACAUCACUGCUGAACUUCUUCUUGUACCAAUGGAGGCUUUCCACACCAAACAAGAAACCAUCAUACAGCAUCUGGCUGUACAGCUCAUACUCUCAGCUUGCUUCGAUCCAGCCGGUAAUAUACGUAGAGGAUCCUCUGCUGCGCUACAGGAACUAGUGGGCCGCCAUCCUGACCAGGUUCACCAAGGUAUCAGCCUCGUGCAGAUCGUCGACUACCUAGCAGUAAGCUUACGCAGCCGAGCGAUGGUCGACAUUGCCAACAAGGCCGCCAGGCUGCAUUCGGCGUUCUGGCCAGCAGUGCUCGCUGGCACCUUAGGCUGGCGAGGCUUGGGAUCUGCAGAUCUUCCCUCGCGUGAGGCAGCAGCAAGCUCCAUUGCAGGCCUCAUCACAUCUGCACAGGACCAAAUAACAAUCCUGCAGCUUGUCGGCGGGCACCUCUUGAUGUGCUCUCCUCGUGACACCGAGUUGCUACAUGGCAUGUUUCUCGCAGCAGCCAAUGUAAUAGAGCAAGCCUUGGCUGGCGACCAAGACCGCUAUCGAUCGCUUCUGGCGUUCCUGCCUUCACUAAUUCAGCAUGUUGACAUACUGCAAGAAGCGAUACAGGACUUCUCAUCACGUACUCUGCGCUCGGACUUGUCUGCUAGCAUGGCACGUUAUAUCACCGCUCUUUACAAGAGCAUGAUGCAUUCUGAAAGUCCCGCCGUUGAUGGUGAGCGAUUGAAGGGCCUCGAUUCCAUCGUGGACAAGCUCUUGACUCGCCACGAAGAGAGCAUCAUCGCAACCAUACCCGAACUUGUAAGAGCCAUGCUCGCUCUGAAGCGUGCUCGCAGCCUUCCACUUGGCAACAUCGGGGUGCAAACGCUGAGCAAGAGGGUGAGCAUUGACGGAGCAAUGAGUACAAUGCACAGUGCCGGUAGAGCGAUCGCCUUGGGCGCCUUAGCGCCCUGCUACGAAUCGUCUGGCAUGAACAACGAGAAGGCUUUAGCUGCAGCCCAAGUGCUUGCCGAUCUGCUACAUGCCAUGAAUGUCGAGUGGCGUGUCAUUGGGGUCAAAGCCAUUCAGCUCAUCGUUGAAACUGCAUCAGGUGCCGAUGCGAUGGCUGCAGAUGUGGCCGAUGUCAUCUGCAAAGCCGUCACUCACGGUCUGAACGACUACACGAUCGACGAGCGCGGCGACGUCGGCUCUCUAGUGCGCCUACAAUGCAUCUCUUGCACAUCCAAGAUCUCCUCAUCCAAAGCCUUCAACGACCACCCCCCACUCCUCGCCACCCUCAAAGCCGAAAUCUACCGCCUCUCCCUCGAGAAGCUGGACCGGGUCCGCCUAAGCGCAGCCCACUGCCGCUACCAACACUUCAACCUCCUCACCAACCCCUCCGACGUCGCCAGCGUCUCCUCCCGCUCCUACUUCGAAGCCGCCAUCCUUCCCACCUCGCCCUCACACCCCCACCAAGCAGUUCUCGAAGGCCUGAUAUCCUGCGCCGGCGUCGGCGCUGAGAACGUCCUGCAAGCUUCCCGAGAAGUCCUCGCAGUAUACCUCUCCUCCCUCACCAAUACAGACCUCGAAGUCCAACUAUCACUCUUCACAACAAUCAUGAAACGUACCCUCGACGACCCUACGAAACCACACCCAGCCCUCGAACUCCUGGCUUUUCUGCUGGAUAUGCAAAUCCCCCAACGCCUCGCCGACUCCGUGACCUUCAAGUGGCGGAACGUCCUCUCCCUCGUGCAGAAAUCGCAUCACAAGUCUAACGACAUUCCCAAGAUUCUAGCGGCGGUGCAUGUAUACGCGGGAUUAGCGGACGUACCAGCGAUAAGAGGGGAAGUGUUGAAGAAGUUGAUAAGUAUGCUGAAGACGAACCCUUAUCCGCGAGUGAGGGUAGCGGUGGCGGAGACGUUGUGGAUGGUGACGAGGGAUCAGGGGAUGAUGGGGGUGGAUUGGGCGAGACCGGCGAGGGACAAUGCUGGGGUUGUUGAGGGAUUGGGGAAGUACGUGACAGUGUGA